CGCCCGUCCUUCCUUCUUUUGACUGUCAAAGUAAAACUCAGCCCUCGGUGAACACUCUCCCGCGCUACAAUGGCAGUCUAAAGGCGUGCGGCAGCAAACCUUGCAGCGGCAACAACCCGGCAGUGCAACGGCAAAGUGCACUGGCUAUUUCUGGCAAAAUGGCGUCUCUCUCGGCAACCACCUACAGCAUUGCUGCCGUCGACAGCACCACCGAACCCCUCGACUUGCUAACGUCAUCAGACUCACCUUUGUUUUUGUUCAUCCGUUCACGGCUAACACUGACCAGCAGCAGCCAUGACACUCUCCCAGCUGGCCUUAGAGGACGUGGAGGCCCUGUACUUAGGGUCCUCGUUUCUGAUGGCUGACCCCAUGGGGCCCCUUCUGGACCAAGAUGAAGAAGAAGCUCUUUCUCCCUCCUCCUCUCUAGAGGGGAAGGCGCCAGCUUCGCCUCCCCUCUCUUUCUCCUCCUACGCAUCCUCCCCGUCUCCUUACCAGACGUUGUCGUCUUCCCCGCUCUCCUCUGCCUCCCCGCCUCCCUCUCCUCCUCCCACGUAUCCCUCCUUGCUCCUGGGAACCAAGGCCGGAGCGGACUCUCUGUGCCCCCCCUGGCUGGAUGCCUGCCACCUGCUCAACAGCCACGUUGGAGCAGACGAUGGCAAAGAUGACGCUUUUGCGGGCAUGGACUGGAUGUCCGAGAAAAUCGACCUGAGUGAAUAUGAUCUGGAUUCCCUCAUUGGUUCCUGCUCAUCCGAUGAGUCUCCGAGCUCACCCGAGGAUCUCCUGGCCUCCCUCGACUCCCACAUGGAUUUAGAUCUCGACUCCUUCCACUCAUCCAUCCCCGCCCAGCAAGACAGCCUGGAGCUGGGUCUGUCGCUGCCCAGCAUCCCCUCUCUCCCCCUGGAGCUCCCUCUCCCUGGGGCAGAUGAGGCCAAGAAGACAGAGGUGGCUCCUGAUCAGGAGAUUCAUAUGAAGUCUGAGCCUCUGUCCCCAGCUCCGUCCCCGUCCCCUCCCUCUCCAGCAUACGCAUUGGAGCUGGGGAGUGAAGUGGACGUCCUGGAUGCAGAGAAAAUGCCCACAUCUCUGACCGCCACCAUCAUUCCAGAUCCCAGUGGAAGCAUUCAGAUGAGCAGCCCCAUUGUGUUCUCUCUUCCCACCCCUGACCACAUUGUGGUGGUGUUCACCAACAAAGAAGAGCCCUCCCUCGUGUCUCUUUCCGACCAGUCCAGUAAAACCUCUCCUCCAUCAAGCGACUGCGAAAGCGACUCUGGCAUCGAGUCAGCUGCCGGCUCACCCAGUCGCCUCCCGUCUCCGCCCCCCGUCCCCUCUCCAAUAGCUGGUUCCUCCAGGACCAAACCUUACUCCAAACCAGAGCCCGUCACCGAAUCCUCCCCCUCGGCCAAGACCUCCAGAGUCAAAUCGGUGUCUGGCACUCCUAAAGUGGUCGAGAAGAAACUAAAGAAGAUGGAGCAGAACAAGACGGCGGCCACUCGCUACAGACAGAAGAAGAGAGUUGAGCAGGACCUUCUCAACACAGAGUGCGAAGAGUUGGAGAAGAGGAACCAAGAGUUAGCGGAGAAGGCCGAGUCCAUCAGCAGAGAGAUUCAGUAUCUCAAAGACCUGAUGGAGGAAGUUCGUAAGCGUCGCGUCAAAACCAGCUCGGUGGUUUUGAAACCAGAAUGUGUGUGAGGCACAUGUGGUGAUGGUGGUGUUUCUGCUCCACUUUUCACAUGCCAUUACGAAGAACCACAAGUAUGUUUGAAGAGAUUACAGAAGAAUGGCAUGCGAGGGUGGAUGUAUCAAACACGCCACUGAACGGGAAAGAGCUAAACUGAAAGUAAAAAGCCUCUGGAAGUUUAUGAGAUUGUUAGCGUAGCGCGGGGGGCUGGGAGGUAGUCAGGUGAAGCAUCUGUACAUGCUUGUCUCUCAGUCCCCUGUUAGACCCCUUAAUGUACUCCCUGUCUUACUAGCAGUACUUGUACAAACGGGCAGGGUGUAUAUUUGUAUCUGUAGACUAGGCAUGAAAAACAUGAGUCACCAUAGCUCCUGGUAGUGAUGUAGACUUUGAAAUAAAUGUAUUGCCUCACACUCACGACAGUCAAACCCCAGCUCAGCUUCAAAAAGUGACUUCUGUGUCAGUAAAGUGAGAUUUUACCUUGUUACCUGCUCCUUUUUUAACCCCCCCCCCCCCUCCAUUUCCACCUUCCUCUUUAACAGCUUCAAGUCCAGAAAGGGGCCUCAAUAUAUUUAUGAAUUCUUGAUGUUACACUGUCAACACGGAUCUAUUUGUGUAUAUAGUUUUCUCCUCCUUUGCUUGCAGAUAUUAGCUUUUGUUAUUUAAUGCUGGAUAAAACCUGAUAAUGUGUUGAAUAGCUCAGUCUCUUAGCGCAGCUGUUUGGCUUGUAAAAAUGCUUGCUCUUCUUUUUCUAAUAAAUAUCUAUCAGUCCUGAA